GAUUGCUAAACCUUAACUAGACUAUCUAUCCCAUUAUGGCUCUCUCUGUGGUUCAUGUUCUACUUCUUGCCCUCCUCUUAGCUAAAGCCACCUCUACCUCUCACCACCACCACCACCACCACCACCAUCAUCAUCACCACGAAAAACUCAAGUCCCUCCACUUUGCACUCUUUCAACAUGAGACCAUUAACAAAACCGGAUACAUUGUAGUUAAUGGUGUAGCCGGAACGGCUGUUAGUCAAACCACAACGCCUUUCGGCACCCUGUUUGCUUUCCAGGAUCCGAUGACUGUCACAGCCAAUCGAUCUUCAAAGGUAGCUGGGAUAGCUCAAGGAACUUCCAUCACUUCCAGCUUGGAUGGGCUUGAGAGCAUUUCAAUUGCUAAGAUAACCUUGCGGUUGAAGCACUACAGUGGUUCGAUUUCCAUUGUUGGUGGCACACAUAAUAUCAAGCCUGCUGAUCAUCCUGUUGUCGGAGGCACCGGUGAUUUCAAGCUUGUGCAGGGCUAUGUGACAUCAUCUCCGGUCAAUCUCAUGGGCUUAACUGUUACCUACAAGAUUGCAUUCCACCUUUACUGGCCUCCAUAUGCAACUCAAGCUUCUUAAUCCUAGAGGUCAUUCAGUAUAGUGUUUAUUUGUAUCUGCACUUUUGCAGUUUUGCUGUAACAUUUUAAGACUUGAAUAUGAAAAAUCUUAGGUGAGUGACUA